CACAAUCCAGAGAGCAUCUUCUAAAACAGAUUUAUUCUUAAAAAUCUGACAAAAUGAAACUCCCUCUUCUGACUCUCUGCCUCCUGGGCUCAGUCGCUCUGUGUGUUGGGCCAACUGUAGCUACUACCACAGCAAUCCCAACUACCACACCAGCCCCAACUACGACAACCAUUGCGUCCACAACUACCACACCAGCCCCAACUACGACAACCAUUGCGUCCACAACUACCACACCAGCCCCAACUACGACAACCAUUGCGUCCACAACUACCACAGGGGGCCCAACAACCCCAGGGGGCCCAACAACCACAGGGGGCCCAACUACCACAGGGGGCCCAACAACCACAGGGGGCCUAACUACAACAACAGCCGCAGGAACGACUACACAAACUGAGGCUCCUCCAGCCGAAGGGCUUUCAUCUGGCGCUAUAGCCGGGAUUACCAUCGGCUCCAUCGCCGGUGUGGGCGCUGUUGGUGGUGGCAUCUUUGGUCUGCUGAAGUUCACCGGGAAGAUCUGAGCGCAGUUUUUCCCCGAAGAGGAAAAUGAUGGAUUAUAAGCUAAAAACAUUUAACAUCCUAAAAUCAAUCCUGAUGCUUUUAACUGGACUCUGAG